UAUAUAUAGAGAGAUAUAUGUGAAUACACGAUGUUUGUUUUCAAAGCUGUGCUCAUUAUUUUCAUUUUCGAGUACCUUACUCAGACUCAAGCCUUGAACGCACUUAAUUACUAUGGAGACAGUGCAUACCCUGGACGCUGUGUUGUGGAUAUGAGCAGUUCCGUAGUGCUGAUGAAUUUGGGGGAAUCUGUUAAACUAGAUUCGCUGCCCUGCACCCAGAUCUUCUGCAUGGGCGAUGGCUGGGGCAUGCUUCAAACUUGCGAUUAUGUGCCCCCACCGAACGAUUGUCGUUACACAGCUUUCAAGCACUGGGAUGCGGAAUACCCCAGAUGCUGCAAGCGUCAUAUUGUUUGUGAUUGAAAUUUGAAAUGGGAAAUGAUUCGUUUAACUAUAAUAAUUAACUCAUUUUUGAUAUUUUCUGUUAAGUGUUUGGUAUGCCAACAAAAUUAAAUAAGUGCUACACAUUAGUAUUUAUCGUAUAAAUAAA